UAGGCCGCUUUCUCUGCGGAACGCAGGUGCUGGACUACGGUGCGGCUGAGGGGGAAGCCAAAAGGAUGGACACACAGCCCGGCAGUUGCCUAGUAACGCCCGCUGGAGCUGUCCCAGCUCUGUAAGGUCCCGGACAAGUAUCACUGGGAGACCUGGUUGCCUGCUCCCUCCGCGCCGGUCGUGGCCUGUCCCCGCGGCAGGGCGGGCGUGGGCAGGGGAGAUGUUGCAGGAGGAGUCGGAUCUGUCUCUCGUUAUUGCCCAGAUAGUCCAAAAGCUCCAGGGCUCCAGUCUGUACUCGCAGCUGGAGCGCCAGGCCUGGGCCAGGAACCCACAGAGACGACUCAUUUAUUGAUGGCUGCAGUCAUCACAGGGAAAAACAGAUGUGAAGGAUUCGUGAAGAUAAAAACCCCAGAUGAAGAUGUGAAGUUCCCUUAAGAUUCAAGUGUUUGUAUUUUGAGUAUGCAAACACUUGUAUUAUAUUUUCACAGAUCUCUUUGAAGAAAAAAGUCUACUCUUAAAAAUUUCAGAUAAUUUUAAGGCCAGUCUUCAGAGACCCGAGAUUAAACUUGAAUCACUUAAAGAAGAUAUAAAGGAAUUCUUUAAGAUAACAGGUUGGGAGAAAAAACUUCAGAAUGCUGUUUAUAAUGAACUGAACAUGCUGAUCAAGGGGCUGACACCCAGGUUCUUGCACACUGUGGCAUGUGCACUCAACGAGGUUUCCUUUACCUGCUCACCCUGCUGCACCUCCCGAGCAUCUUAAGGAGCCUCUGGUGUACAUGAGGAAAGCACAGGGGAGCUGGGAAAAAAGAAUUCUGAAGAGUUUAAACAGCAUGUGCACUGAACUGAGCAUUCCACUAGCACGAAAGAGGCCAGCUGUGGAACAGAAAGAACUUCUCAAUAAGUGGAAUGAAAUGGGAACUGAUGAACCAGAUUUAAGUCUUUUCAGACCUGUUUAUGCACCUAAGGAUUUCCUUGAGGUAUUAAUUAAUCUUCGCAACCCAAAUUAUGAAAAUGGUGAUUCUCUUAGUUUCAGGACUCAUUUGGGUUUAAUCCAAGUUCCUCUGAAAGUCAAAGGCAUUCCUGAAUUGAAAGAAUUCUUUGUAGAACUAAGCUUAACAACAGGGCAACUGGGUAUAGAUGACUCUACACAAGUGCCUCCUGAACUUUUUGAGAAUGAACAUGUACGUAUUGGGCAAAAAGUUCUAGCAGAACAAGACAGUGCUGCUGCUCAGCAGUAUGUCAGGCAAGGGAGCCCCACUGCACUCAGAGCUGAAUUAUGGACUCUCAUCUUGAAUAUUUCCAGUCAGCCUGAGGAUAUCUUGUACUACGAACAGCUUAAGACCAAUGUAAUACAACAUGACCUUUUGGUGGAUAGUCUGAUUUAUAAAGAUGUGAAGCUGACAGCGAGCAAUGAUGACUAUUAUUUUGUAUUUGAAGAUUAUUUAUAUCAGGUAUUACUUUGUUUUUCCCGGGAUACUUCUGUGUUGGGUCACUUUGCCUACAACAGUGCUUCACCACCGAAAUCAUAUAUCAGAGGAAAAUUAGGACUAGAAGAAUAUGCCGUCUUUUAUCCACCAAAUGGUGUCAUUCCUUUUCAUGGAUUUUCAAUGUAUGUUGCACCACUUUGUUUUCUAUACCAUGAACCUUCCAAACUAUAUCAGAUAUUCCGCGAGAUGUAUGUGCGUUUUUUCUUCAGACUCCAUUCCAUCUCUUCUCAUCCUUCUGGCAUUGUGUCACUCUGUUUGCUGUUUGAAACUCUUCUUCAAACUUAUCUUCCCCAACUUUUUUAUCAUCUGCGGGAAAUUGGGGCUCAACCACUUCGCAUAUCAUUUAAAUGGAUGGUCCGUGCUUUCUCUGGCUACUUAGCUACAGAUCAGCUCCUGCUAUUGUGGGAUAGAAUCCUAGGAUACAACUCUCUGGAAAUUCUUGCUGUUCUGGCAGCUGCCGUGUUUGCUUUCCGAGCGGUGAACCUGAUGGAGGUGACAUCAUUGGCUGCAGCUGAAGCAGUUCUUGCUGACCUUUCUACUUUAAAAGUUAUGCCUCUUCUUCAGAUUUUCCUGUUUGCUACUGUCACCUGAUUCUUCAAAGUCACGGCCAACACAUCUAGUUUUCCAUUAGAAACUUAACUAAUCAUGAACUAUGCAAACUCUGCAUAAAGCCAAAAUUAAACUUGCACAAAAGCCAAUAAAGAUCAUGUUCCCUCUUCAGUUAAACCUAAGUAGUUUUUCACUUUUCGAGACAAUAAGUGCACACCAAAUACGGCACCGCAUGCUGCUGAUGUUCAAGAGAGAAGCAGUAGACCUAAACUUCUGCUGAACUGAGCACCCUGUGUGAAUAAUCCUGACUUGGAAAAGGCAUGUAACAAUGUAUACGGUAAGAACUGAAGACACAGUGGUCAUCUGGAAGACAGAAGUUAGCCUCUGGGAUGAUUCCCUUAUGACAGUUUGUAAAUAUAACUCUAGAUAAUGCAUCGUUGAGUCUUAUAAAUCGCUCUUCACUCAGAGUCUGUGGUGGGAUAGGAUGUGGGGAAACUUGAAAGAGAUAAUGCUUUUAAGUAGGAAUUCAAAUGUACUUUGAUGUUCUUAACCAUUUUUUUUCUCUCACUAGAGAUUACCUAGCCUCCUCUCCACUUUCUUCCUCCCUUCAAGCUCUCUACUAGAGAUGGUUAAAUAUAGUUGCCUGAUGUUUUAUUCAUCACCUUCUUAAAAAAAAAAGUCAGAAAACUACAGUCAUCCCUUCAAACUUCUUAACCUUCCGUCUCUUGAUGAGAAGACAUGACACUACUGAGACCCAUUGCCAGAGUCUGCUACUUUGGUGGUGUCCAAAGAGGUCACCUCAGGAGUCGCUGAAGGGAGGGAAAAUAUCAAUGCCAUGCCUUCAGUUGCUGAGACUUGGUUUAAGUGAGAUUUGCUUCUAAGGCAGAGCAACUGAGAGAGACUAGAAGUAGGUACUAUAGAUUCAUCCCACAACUAAAGACAUUACGCAAGGCAUCAAUAUGUUUUGGCCUUUAUUAGAAAUGAAGUUUUUUUUGUUUUGUUUUGUUUUGCUGUCAGGGUUAUUGCUGGGGCUCGGUGCCUGUAGUAUGAAUCCAUUGCUCCCAGUGGCCAUAUUUUCCUCUUUUUUUUCUUCUUCUUCCUAUUUUUACUUGCUAGGACAGAAAAAUUGAAAGUGAUGGGAGAGGUGGAGAGGGAAAGAAAAAGACAAACACCUGCAGACCUGGUUCACUGCUUCUGAAUCGCCCCCCACACACACAGGUGGAGAAUGGGGGCUUGAAUCUGGGUCCUUGUACAUGGUAAUGUGUAUGGGUGCACCACUCUUGGCCUCCAAAUGAAGGAUUUUAUUUAAAUUAUUCUAUUAAAGAAAAGGCUACCAUUCUUCUAAUAUGGAAUGAUACUCUUUGCUUUUUUAAAACCUCACAGACUAUUGUCUCUUUAUUUCAGGCUCAAGAUGUUGAUCAUUUCGUUUUUUUAAAUUAUCUUUAUUUAUUUAUUUAUUGGCUAGAGAUAGCCAGAAAUUGAGAGGGAAGGGGGUGAUAGAGAAGGAGAGAGACAGAGAAACACUUGCAGCCCUGCUUCACCACUCGCAAAGUUUGCCCCCUGCAGGUUGGUACAGGGGGCUCAAACUUGGGUCCUUGAGCAUUGAGACGUGUGUGCUCAACCAGGUGUGCCACUACCUAGCCCCGAUGUUGAUCAUUUCAACAAAACUUUAAAUCAGCAGAUUGACUGGGUGCCUAGAAGUAUACUAAGUUUUAUCCAAAUAUACUUCCUGAGUCUUUUAUUUAUUAUACAGCAUAUGUUAGGAAAUAUAUGAAGUUUAGGGCAGAUGCAAAUGUUUGGGAAUCUGUUACUAGUUAUUAAUUUGAAAAUCCAAAUUACAUGCUUUUAUUUAACAGGUUUGUUGUCAACCUCUUGUUAACAGGUUUAUUGACUUCAUGAGGAUUCAAUAAUAGUUUGCUCUAUGACUUAUUCUUUUUAAAUUUUUUUCAUUUUUACCCCCUCAGAUUACAACUGACUCUUAGGCGCAUUUUAUUGCUCUGAAGGUGCUGUAGUUGUAAUGAUAUGCUUUGCUCUUCUCUGCGUGCUCAUGUCCAUCCAUCACAAGGACUCCUGCAGUUAUUGCCUCUUCCCCUGCCUCAUUCUGAGAACAUGAGGAACAUGUCAGAGAGAGAGUUUAAAAUUAUCAGUGUCGAAUCUGUGCUAAUCUGUCCACAUUUGACUUCUGUCUUCUGGAGAAUAUUCACAAAUCCUUUUCUUUGUUUAAGUUAUUAUCUUCUUUGUAGUGAGGAAAUACUGCUUUAUAAGACUGUUGUUGCUGAAGCCUUUUCAAAAGCAGUCAUACCAUGGUCCCAUAAAACCAGAGAGUUCUGGUCCUAGCUGUAAGUCUCUAGAGAAUUUAAUAUCUCUUCUCUGUGAGACAGGCAUCAGGAAAUUGAUACAUUUACUCUGUUUGCCUCCCAGGGUUCUAAGGGUGAGUUAGACCAAAUGAGAACAAAGAGUGAUUUUUAAAUUGCAAAACAAAAGUGAAUAUGUCAUUCAUAAGUAAUGCUAGAUACGGUGCUUUAAGGUCAAGUGGUAGAAGAUAAAAUAUGAAGAAUUCCCAACAUGGUUAGCUCUUUUUUGUAAUUAUAUUUUAUAGUCUGAGACUGUGUCUCAAUGAAUGGGCCAUAGCAUAGCACAGCAGAUCCUUUUGUUUGGAGGAGGUGGUAGAGCUGAGUCUGAAUCCCCAAGUCAGACCUGUUAGGUUCUCACACAUUUUGCUGCUAUCACAGCCCCCUCCCAGCCAUGUGCUGCUCUUGGCUCUUGCUAGAUCUGUAUGGAGAGCAAUGCCUACUCCAUUCCUACCUGGACCUCCUCCCACUACCUCUCCUGGCUUUAUUCCUUCUGCAUCCUUCCUUGCCAUCUCCUACCAAUGCCUGACACCCCUAACAUCUGCUCUACCCAUGAUCCUAAGGAUCCGUGUGGCCAGUGAUAAUUAUAUAAAUCGCUCUGCCUAUGGCAUUCACACUGAUGGAUGAAAUAACCCAACAGAUGAAUUGUAUGUGGCUCUUCUGUAUUUCAAUUCAGUCGCUGUUGAUGGAAAGGUUUAUUGAAUGCUCAUUUUGACCAGAAAUUUUUGGUAAGGCAGCAUACUGGCUAUCUGAAAAUUCUAGUCUGCCUUAGUUACACAGCACCUUCUUUUAUUACCUACAUUAUACUCAACACCCUUCCUAUCUCACACAGAAAAUGGAGACCUUUAGGCUUGAAUUCCCUUAACCUUUCACUUCAAAACUUAACUUAUCCCCUUGUAUCUUAUCUCCUUCUUUCUUGUCUCAAGAAGUACCUGAUUUAUUCAGACAUCUCUCUCUAAAUACAGUUUUGAUUGGAUCACUUCUGAGGUUAAAAUCUUAAGCAACACCCUGUCACUUAAAAGAUGAGGUCCCCUAGCAUAACAGCGGAAAGCGGUCCACGGCUUGGUUUUCCAUUCUUGUGCUCUCAAGCUGGUCUGCUACCUGUGCCUCAUCUUCACAUGCUGACCCUCAGCAGCUGUGGCCCUGCACUUUGUCUCUGCUGGAAGGAUCGCCACUGUCAAGGCUCCUCUUGAAAAACAAAACCAAACAAACAAACAAAAUAAAAACCGCUCCUCUGCUGUGAAGACACCCUGGACAUUAUACAUUGAAAUGGGUCAUGUACCUCUCUCUUCUCAUAAAGCUGCUCAUCCUCUAAUAUGGUGCUUAGUAUACUGAGGGGAAACUCUACACAUGUUGCUUGUCACAACACUUUUUUUUCUAAGCCCAGUUGUUACCGACGAGUGCAAGGUAUAGAAGGUGAAAGAAGGUAUUUGCCCAUGUGUGUUAGUAUCUGCUGACCUGUUACAGAACUUGUGGGGAUCUACUUUUCCUAAAACAUGAUUUCUCCUCAGUAUCUAGUCUCCCUUCAUCUGUAAAGACUCUGAUUUUUAUUUGGAGGUCUACUUCCUCUCCCAUCUGCUUCAGAUAAAGCAAACACACACACACACACACACACACACACACACACACACACACACGAUACUCUAGACAAUCUAGAUCCUGGUCGAGCCAGUCACCAAGUAUCAACCCCUCUAGCCACAGAUAUUGCUUCAGGAUCAAUAUGACAUCUGAGACCAGUGAAACUUGACUAAAAGGCAGUGAUUGACUCAGGGAAGCUGGAUAUGAGAAGGAGAAGGGCAGAGCUGUUGCAGACUAGAAAGAGGGAAAGAAAGACAGCUUGUGGAUCCCCAGACUAGGCUCCAUCAGUCUUCCCUUAGACAGUUUUUGACACAGAGACCAAAAAAUUCUCAGUGCAGCAGAAAGGAUCCAAACUGAAGGUAUAGUUAUUUGACCUUCUAGGUAAGUCAUACAACGUGGGUCUGGUAGCUUGGUGCAGUACAAAGUAGUAACUGUAUAUAUACUGCUUAGACUAGAGGGGUUUUAAAAAUUCUGUUCUUCGUUUUUUUCACUCAAGACACACCAGGACCUUAAAAGAUUGAAUGCCCUGAUCUACCCAUCUACCAAAAGUACCUUGAACACACAGUCUCUCUCUCUCUUUCUCUCUCUCCCCUUUGGCCUUCUCUCCACACUGCACCCCCUGCUUGGAAUGCCUUCUCUCCCCCACUUUGCCUCUUACUUGCACCUCAAAAUGCAACUCAGGAAUUGCAUCAUCAGGGAAGUCUGUUUCUCUUAUGAAUUCUCUCAUAGUCUAAAUAUACAUAAGCAAUAUUAUAGUCAUAUGUAAGCUUGUCUUUUUCACUAGACUAGGGCAAAAUGUAUCUUUUGCAGUCUUAUCGCUCUAAUACCUGGUACAGGGCUUGCCCCAUAGUAGGCUUUAGUCAGUGCUAAUUGGAAAAAUACAUGAAGCCAUCUCAUCUAAUUUGCUCACUUUACUUACUCCUUUCAGAAGAGUAACUAGCUGCCCAAUGUCACACAGCUAUUUUACCCACAGAGUUGAUGUGUUAAAUUACUUGUGGAAGUCCAAAAGGGAAAUAAUAUUUUGAGAGGAAUAAGAUGUAAACAUCCAUUAUUUCCCAUUGAAAGCAACCUUGUGAUGGUCUACUUUACAUACAAUAAAAGUUUAACUGUAUACUUCUAUAAAGUUUUGACAAAGACUAUAUUCACAUCUCCACUCCCACAACUAAGGUGUAGGACAUUUCUGUUUCCUGAAACAAUUCCACUUAUUCCCCUUCCCAGUUCUUCUCCCAUAAACACGUUCACUCCAGAAAACCACUGAACAACUCUGUCCCUAAAAACUAGAUUUGUAUUUCCUAGAGUUUGGUGUUGAUGGAAUCAUAUACAUGGACUUGAUUGUGCCUGAGUGUUUUUGCUCAUCAUGUUUUCAGGUACAUUCAUGCUGCCAGGUGACUAGUUGUCCCUUUUUCUUACUAAGUAAUAGUUCAUUAUAUGAUUAUUUCCUAUAAAUUGCUUAUCCAUUCUUAAUGGAUGUCCGUGUCGUUUACAUGUUUUUGGUUUAAUAUGGACACAAAUACUGUAAGUAUUUAUAUACAAGUCUUUGUGUAGAUAGAUAGAUAUCAUCACUUCUUUUGGGUGAAUAUCUAGGAAUAGAAUUGCUGAGUCAUCUGUUAACAAGCUUCACUUUCCAAGAAACCUCUAGACUAGUUUGUAAGUAGUUCUUUUUUUUGUUUGUUUUGUAAUCUUUAUUUAUUUAUUGGAUAGAGACAGCCAGAAAUCAAGAGGGAAAGGGGGUAAUAGAGAGGGAGAGAAACAGAGAGACACCUGCAGCCCUGCUUCACCACUUGCAAAGCUUUCCCCCUGAAGGUGGGGACCGGGGGCUUGAACUCAGGUCCUUGCGCACUGUAAUGUGUGCGCUUAACCAGGUGCGCCACUGCCCGGCCCCUGUAAGUAGUUCUAUCAACAAACAAUGCACGAGCCUUUCACUGGCUCCAGUACCACACAGAUGCUUAGCAUCAUCAUGAUCGUCAUCUUGAUAGGUGGUUUUUAGUUUGCAUUUUCCUAAUUAUUAAUAAUGUUACACAGUUUUUCAUGUUUAUUUGCUAUAUAUUCUUAGAAAGAUUCCAAGUCUUCUGUCCAUUUUUAUUCAAUUACCCCUUUAAAUUAUAAGAAUUUAUUAUUGUUGACAUCUUGUGGCUUAUUAGAAUUUUCUCCAGGCUGUGUCUCUUAUUUUCUUAGCUACUUUUAAAGAGCAGAAAUUUCAGUUAUAUCGAAUCAGUUCAUCCCAUUUUUGUGUCCAAUCUUUGCAUAACUCAAGGUCACAAGAAUUAUUUCUUAUGUUUUCUUCUAGAAACUAUAUAAUUGUGGCUCCUAUAUAGAGCUUUUAUUCUUAUGUUUUUGUUUUUGUUUUGUUUUGUUUUAAUUGUUAUGUAUAGUAUGAGUUAAGGGUUAAGGAUCAUGUUUUGCAAAUGACUGUAUAAUUGUUGCAGGGCCAUUUGCUGAGAGAAAAAAAUAAACAAUAAAACUUACCUUACAUCAGUGCCUGUAUAAAAUCAGUUGAUCACAUGCACUAGGACUUAUUUCAGGACUCUGCUCUAUUCCAUGGGUUUAUAUCUGUCUUUACUCCAAUAUCACACAUUUUGAUUCUCAUAGUUUUAGAGUAAGUCUUAAAAUCAGAUAGUCUAAGUCCUUUUAUUUUGUUCAACUGUGUCAAAUUUACUUGAGCUAUUGAAAUUCUUUGCAUUUCUAACUAACUCUGAGUCAGCUCUUUCAUUUUAUCACACACAGGUGUACACACACACACACACACACACACACACACACACAGCUUUUGAGGUUCCUACUGAUUGAGCAUUGAAGCUAUCCAUCAGUUUGGGGGCAGUUGAUGUGAAACAUUAUUAAGCCUGCCAAUCUGUGCGUGUGAUAUAUCUCUCCAUUUAUUUAGGUCUUGAAUGUCACACAGCAAUAUUUUGUAGUUCUCUGUGUUAGAAGGUUCAUGAACACAUUUUUUUAAUUACCACUGAUUAUUUUACAUUUUUAUGCCAUUGUAAGUGGUAUUUUCAAUGUCCAAUUAUUUGUUAACAUGUGUGGAAAUACAACUGAGGUUUUAUAUUGCUCUUAUACCCUGAAGCCUUGCUAAACUGACUACUUCUUGUAUUCCUCUCUGUUGCUUCCAUAGAAUUUCUAUGUAUGCCCUAGGCCAUCUAUAAAUAAAGACAAUUUUACUUUUUUUCAA